AGACUCCAUCUCUACAUAAAUAAAUAAAAAAUAAAAUAUAUGUCGGGCACAGUGGCUCACGCCUAUAAUCCCAGCACUUUUAGGAGGCCAAGGUGGGCAGAUCAUGAGGUCAGGAGAUCAAGACCAUCCUGGCUAACACAGUGAACCCAUCUCUACUAAAAAUACAAAAAAUUAGCAGGGCGUGGUAGCACAUGCCUGUAAUCCCAGCUACUCAGGAGGUUGAGGCAGGAGAAUUGCUUGAACCCGGGAGGCGGAGGUUGCAGCGAGCCGAGAUUGUGCCACUGCACUCCAGCCUGGGUAACAGAGCGAGACUCCACCUCAAAAAUAAAUAAAUAAAUAAAUAAAUAAAAUACAAUACAAUGUAAUGAACAUGUAGCAGCGUUUCUUUCCAUAGGAUGCCUGACAGUGGUUACAUUUUAGUAAGACUGUAUCGGUGCAGGUUAUGAUUAAAAAAACAAUCAUCUUGGAAUUGUUGAGCCACCACAUCCUUAUUGGGUAGGGGGUCUAAUAAGUAGCUUCAGUUGUUCUUCAAGAAAGGUAUCAGGAAAGCUCCUAUAGUUUUUAAGUUGUUUUUCUUAAGGGAGUUAGUCAUCAAUGAGGACUAGAAGGAUGAUGGCUCUAAACCCUCAAGGUACUGAAAACUGGAACCAGCCUUGAUUUAGCAUGCCUGAGCAUGGACCCCAGGAGGUAGAUGUGUGUGGAAACAGAAAUACCAGAUCCCAUGAGAAUCAGACACCUAGAGCCUAGCCUAGGCAGCACCUGAAGCCCCUUGGUUCAGGGUGACACUGGGGCAGGCUAGAAAGGUCUCACUCUGGCCCAGAUUCUGAUGCUUUGCUGAACCACUGUGCCAGUUCGCCAAUGCUUUAUUUCCAUUUAUGUUACGUCUUCUGCCAAAUAGCUUUGCUGCCUUGCCCCUGAGCCACUGCAUGCUCAGCAGCUAGUGCUUCAGCAUCCUGCAGCUGUAGCCCAGAAGUCCUCACUACCGCAUAUGUUGAGAUGACUGAAUUUGGCUAGGAGUCCUUCCUGUGAGAAAGCCCUGGAGUGUGGGCAGCCCAUCCUAGAAAAUAAACAAAGCAGCUUUCAGCAAUGAGGGACACACAGCCAGUUUUGCUACAUUCACCCUUCUGGCUCUGUCUUCAGCCUAAGCUGCUCCUUUCAGGUCCCUCCCUUGGGACCUCAAGCCUCCUUUUCAGGCCCCUUUUAAGCACAGCAAAUCCUGUAUGCAUUAAGGGGAGGUAGUUGAAGAAGUUUGGGCUUCUGGGUUUUAUGUUAUUACUGGCUUAUGAAAGCUCAAACAUUUGCACUCCAGCGAUGAUAGUUGCAUCUGUUAAAUUUAGUGUAAAGCUGCCUCCUUACGUAUUUUAAGUUCAGCCUAAAGGUUUCCCCAUACAUAGUGAACUGUAGCCUAAUUGGGUAUGUAAACAGACUGUAACCUAUUCUUGUACCAAUCACAGAGUUUUGGCCAAUCACAAGUGGCCAACUGUUCAAACCGUGUUCAAAUAAGGCAAACCCGAGUUAUAACCAAUCCAGCUGUUUCUGUCCCUCAAUUAUGUUUUCUGUCAGUCACUUUAUUUUUUCCGACCACUGGGCAAGACUGGAGCCUCUCUGAACUUACUUUGGUUUGGGGUCUUUUUGAUUUGCAAAUCAUUCUUUGGGUUCUUUGCUUGAUUAAAAGCUGUUAAGUUUAAUUUGUCUAAGGUUUUUCUUUUAACACACCCCAAACUGUAAGGGGAGGCAUCCUACUUACACAAUAAUAGAAGAAUGCAUAAAGCUAUAACAUGAAGGAACAAGUGACAAAUUCUGUAACGGCAUGUGUUGGGGAAAACUUCUGAGAGUGGAGGCCUGAAUAGGUAUUGGAAGUAUGAGUAGGAGUUUACAAGGAGAGAAUGGAAGGAGGGGAAUUACGGACAGAACAACAUGGACGGAAGCCGGCCGCGGUGGCUCACGCCUGUGAUCCCAGCACUUUGAGAGGACGAGGCCGGCGGAUCACCUGAGGUCUGGAGUUUGAGACCAGCCUGACAAACAUGGAGAAACCCCAUCUCUACUAAAAAUACAAAAUUAGCCGGGUAUGGUGGAGCAUGCCUGUAAUCCCAGCUACUCAGGAAGCUAGAAUCGCUAGUACCCGGGAGGCAGAGGUUGCAGUGAGCCGAGAUCUCACCAUUGCACUCCAUUCUGAGCAACAAGAGCGAAACUCCGUCUCAAAAACAAAAACAACAAAACAAAACAAAAAAACAGACGGAAAUUUUAUUGUCCUAUGACAAACACUGUAUCUUCGGUGAACUCAAAGUAGGUUUGCCCACUUUCCCACAGAUUGUUUUGGUGAAUGAAUUUUUUGUUUCAGUUAAUGAUAAACUUCCUUAGCUUUUUACUGAGUACAGGUUUACUGUAUGUAAAUAUGUGUAAUAUUAGAUUAGUGCCUGACACAUGGUUAGCAUUAUCGAUUUUUAUUAGGGACUAGGUCUCAAACUUCAGGUAAUUAAGUAGCUUUUUCUUUUGGGAAGACGUAAAAAUAUUCUCAAGCCUAACUAACCAUCCUUUCCUGUCUUCUAGUCUUGCCCACCCAAAGCUCCAUCCUGCAAAAGUCUUCAACAGUCCAUUUCAAAAGCCCAGCAUUGUUAAACGGUCUAAGGAAUAGCACAAAACAAGAUGCACCCAAAACGUCAAGGCCAUACUGGACAAGGGCAACGUUAGCCAUUUUUGGUCUGGGGUAACUAUAGGCAGUAUCUUAAAACAAGGCUUGAAAAAUGUCAUGUUAUUUCCAAAUCCCAUUUCAGAACUUUAAAAAAAAAAUUGCAUUUUGAGCUCCUAAGAACGUUUUUGGCGGUAGGUGGCCACAUGGAGGGUGGCACAGAGGCUCGGCGGCGGAGAGCGGAACAGAGUUGGGCGUGGCAGUGCCUGCGAGUCAGCGCCACGUAACCAGAGGCGCUCGCACUAAUUUGACCUCUAAGACUAAGCGCAGGAACGGCGGGUGCGGACAUUACGGCGGAAGGCUCAGGAGGAAGCAGAAGUGAAGGGCCCCACAGUCCUGGGACGGUGGGGCACAGGGAGAGAAAGGUAGCCCCGGGCGCGGCGCGGCGAGGAUGCGAGCAGAGGAAGGACACGCGGCGCCGGGUACCUGCCGGAGGCGCCGGGUCCAAUGGGAGGAGGGCGCGCGCCGCACCUCAACCUGGUCGAGGACGUCACGACGUCAAGGCGGACGCCGGGCCAAUGGGAGGCCGUCGCGGGCAGGGACUGGGCCGAGAGGAGUCGGGGCUGGGCCGCGCCGAGGCGGUUGCCUGACUCCAGUUUAGCCGCCGCCGGAGAGAACGGGCGCCGAGCCGGGGCUGCGGAAUCCGGCCUGCCCCUCACCUCACUCCCGCUGCUCGCACCUCCCGGAUGGUGCUGACUGCUCCCUAAGCGGCGGCAGCGGCGAGUCGUGAGGACGCGCGGCGGAUGCUGUUCGGGGUCGAGGCUUCCCGUCGCCGGCACUUCCUCUUGCGGCGCCCGUGCGCGGCCGGCCCGGCAGGCGGGAUGGCGGCCGCGGCUCCGGGGAACGGCCGCGCAUCGGCGCCCUGGCUGCUUCUGCUCUUUCUGGUUCCGCUGCUCUGGGCCCCGGCUGCGGUCCGGGCCGGCCCAGAUGAAGACCUUAGCCACCGAAACAAAGAACCGCCGGCGCCUGCCCAGCAGCUGCAGCCGCAGCCGGUGGCUGUGCAGGGCCCCGAGCCGGCCAGGGUCGAGAAAAUAUUUACACCAGCAGCUCCAGUUCAUACCAAUAAAGAAGAUCCUGCUGCCCAAACUAAUUUGGGAUUUAUCCAUGCAUUUGUUGCUGCCAUAUCAGUUAUUAUUGUAUCUGAAUUGGGUGAUAAGACAUUUUUUAUAGCAGCCAUCAUGGCAAUGCGCUAUAACCGCCUGACCGUGCUGGCUGGUGCAAUGCUUGCCUUGGGACUAAUGACAUGCUUGUCAGUUUUGUUUGGCUAUGCCACCAUAGUCAUCCCCAGGGUCUACACAUACUAUGUUUCAACUGUAUUAUUUGCCAUUUUUGGCAUUAGAAUGCUUCGGGAAGGCUUAAAGAUGAGCCCUGAUGAGGGUCAAGAGGAACUGGAAGAAGUUCAAGCUGAAUUAAAGAAGAAAGAUGAAGAAUUUCAACGAACCAAACUUUUAAAUGGACCAGGAGAUGUCGAAACGGGUACAAGCAUAACAGUACCUCAGAAAAAGUGGUUGCAUUUUAUUUCACCCAUUUUUGUUCAAGCUCUUACAUUAACAUUCUUAGCAGAAUGGGGUGAUCGCUCUCAACUAACUACAAUUGUAUUGGCAGCUAGAGAGGACCCCUAUGGUGUAGCCGUGGGUGGAACUGUGGGGCACUGCCUGUGCACGGGAUUGGCAGUAAUUGGAGGAAGAAUGAUAGCACAGAAAAUCUCUGUCAGAACUGUGACAAUCAUAGGAGGCAUCGUUUUUUUGGCGUUUGCAUUUUCUGCACUAUUUAUAAGCCCUGAUUCUGGUUUUUAACAAGCUGUUUGUUCAUCUGUAUUUAGUUUAAAAUAGGUAAUAUUAUCUUUCUGUACAUAGUGUACAUUACAACUAAAAGUGAUGGAAAAAUACUGUAUUUUGUAGCACUGAUUUUGUGAGUUUGACCCAUUAUUAUGUCUGAGAUAUAAUCAUUGAUUCUAUUUGUAACAAGGAGUUUUAAAAGAAACCUGACUUCUAAGUGUGGGUUUUUCUUCUCUCCAGCAUAAUUAUGUUAAUAUGGUCCUCAUUUUUCUUUUGGUGCAGAAUCGUUGUGCACUGGGGUCUACCAUGCAAUUUUCUUUCGGCACUGACCCCUUUUUAAGGAAUACAAAUUUUCUCCUUCAUCACUUAGGUGUUUUAAGACGUUUACCUUAAAGUUUUUCUUGGGGAAAGAAUGAAUUUCUGUUUCUUAAAACAUUUCCCUGAGUCAGUAAGCAGUAGUUUAAUCAUUGGUCUUUUCAAAAUUAGGUGUUUUAAAAAAGAGACAUAUAUGAUAUUACUGUUAUAUCAAUAACAUGGUACAACAAGAACUGUCUGCCAGGUCAUUCUUCCUCUUUUUUUUUUAAUUGGGUAGGACACCCAAUAUAAAAACAGUCAAUAUUUGACAAUGUGGAAUUACCAAAUUAAAAGAGAAUACUAUGAAUGUAUUCAUAUUUUUUCUAUAUUGAAUAAACAAUGUAACAUAGAUAACAAUAUAAAUAAAAGUGGUAUGACCAGUG